AUGAUCCUCUUUUCUAAAUAAAAUUAGAAUAGUCCAUAAGAUAUUUUGUUAAAACAAACAAAAAUUAUUAGAAAUAAUGCUUCUUACAAAUUCGAACAUGAGAAUUCAAAAGUUUAAUUCUUUUCAUAUUGUGUUGAUAUACCUCAAAAUUCAUUCGUUUAGAUUUGUGACUAUAAUUUCCAAUUAAAUGAUUUUCUUAUAAUUUCACCAUUUGUUUUAUAAAUAUUAAUUAAGAUAAUCAAUAAGUCUAAUUUAUUCUAGCUAUCAAUANAAAAAUAAUAGAAAAGAUAUGAUAAUUCUAUAUAUGAAAAUAAUGUUGAUUUAUUAGAGAAUUCUUCGCUUUAAUUAAUUGAGAAUAGAAUCAUGUAUUUGAAUUUGGCAUAAGGAUCAGAUCCUAUAUCAAAUUAUUUACAAUCAGAUGUUUCAUUCGAAGUGUUAACAUCAUACUAAAGAAAAUAAUUAAUAAAUAUGAAAAUCAAAAGAAAUAGUAAUUUUUUGAAGGUCUUCUAAAAUGUUUAUGGAUAAGAAUCUUUAGAAAGAAAUGUUAAGAAAUAUUUCCAAAAAAAAUGUGAGUCAGUAUUGCUAUUUAAUAAUCUACUAACUGAUCUUCCAUUAUUCAGUCUACUAUGA